AUGGAGCAUGCACCAGGUGUGAUAGCUCAGGCUAUCAUUUUGAUUCUCGAUAGAGUCCCCAAAGCCAUUCACAGUCUUAAGCGAUUCUGUCAAGCUACAACGUGGACUGACUGGCCUGACCAUAUCCGAGCAAAUAUCCGCGACUGGGUGAAAGAUAUCCUAGCUAGGGUCUUCGAAACAACCGAAGGAAACGUUGUGCCUGGACUCCUUCUCAGAACUGAUGGUAACCAAUGGGGACGAAGACAAGGUUGCGCAUUGACAUUAAGCGCUCAUGCCGGACACAGUACUGAGCAAUACCUGACUUGCGUGAUCGUGCUAUUGGCUACUCUUCCUCAGGCCCAGCGAUCCAUGAGAUUGGAUAGAAUUCGAAACCAUCUUGACCAUGGAAUAGUUCAUGUCCAACGUCAGUUUUCGGACCAACCGCGAGCUGAAAGAAAUCGAGCUCGUCGAGAGUACGCAAUUUGGCGUGAUGCUCUUUGUGAGGGUAUUCUACGUGCUUCUGGUCAAUUAAACUUGGGUAACAAUGCGCUUACUGUUCCAGUCCCGGAAGUAGAUGACUGUCUUAGAGGGCUUUUGAAUGGCACUACCGUUAUGACCGAGGAUACCUUCAGGCUCAUUAAUGAAUAUAGACUUGAGCCAACGCUCAGGCGUGGCUACCUAUACAACUGA